UUUGCAUCGCAUGGCUCGCGUCGUAGCGGUCGUUUGCGCGGCCUUCUUGGCGCAGGUCCAUGCGCAAGGCUUCUUCGUGUGUCCGGCGCCGUGCGAGGCCAUGUUUCUGCCCCAGGACAUGGAGUCGGCCGAAGAUUGUCUGUGCCUCAACGGCGGCAAGACCGCGGGUCUCGACAAUAGGCUCUCUGGGCGACUCCUCCUUGGUCAGGCGCUGCCCAGCCUCUCGCUGAACUUUCGCUGCCCCAAAGGUGCUUCGGCCAAGGUGCUGCACCCCAAGGCGUUUGCCGACUGUGAGUGCAAGCCAGGGCUGCAACGCGACGAGAUUGGUGGCGCUUGCAUCGACGCAAUCGCGUGUCGUGGUCGGUACGUGCUCAAGUCCGGUCUUGUCCAUGCGCGGUCGAUCGCAGACUGUGCGUGUCAAGAACCGUACACGAAGGACGACGCGACGGGCGAAUGCUACUUGGACCACUGCCCGCGCGCGGCCAACUAUGUGAAGAAAGCGUCGCUCGUUGGACCGGUGCAUUCACUGGCCGACUGCGAUUGCACUGCGCCGUACACCAAGAACGCGCAGAGUGGCGAAUGCUUCCUGCAGUUUUCGUGCCCAGCGCACGCGUCGCCGCCAAAGCAAGGAUAUGCCAAGUCGCUCUCCGACUGCACAUGUGAUUGGGGUUACGUGCGCAGUCCGACAAGCAACGAGAAGGCGGGGCCGAGCGACUACUGCGUGACCGAGACGCCGACGUUCAUUUGCCCGCCACACUCGCGCCCGAUGCCGUCGCUCGCCACGGCGCCCAGCAACUUUAUGCAGUGCGAGUGUGCGGUCGGGUUUGAGCGCGACGAAAAACUCGAGAUGUGCAAGCAGCCGUUGAGCAACGGCAUCUUGCGCGGCGCGUCGUUGCCUGUCGCUGAGUUUACGUGCCCCGACUUUGCCGUCGCGAUGGCGCCGCACCCGUACUCGAUGCGGCAGUGCCAGUGCCUUCCAGGCUUCGUGCCCAACUACGGCAUGCAGUCGUGCGACUGGACACCCGACUUUUACAAGUGCCCGCCACACGCGUUCAACCCGUACCCAUCUCUGCCAGCGCUCGACUUUAUGGACUGCCACUGCGCCAAGGGCUACUUGCGCAACGAUCGCAACAGCUCGUGCGACGCCAAGCCGCCGCUCAACGAGAACGGUUGCCCAAUGCACGCGAUCGUGCUGCAUUGGCCCGUGCACGCCCCCAACGACGACUGCGCCUGCGUCCACGGCCGUGUAGCAGAGCCGCCGUCAAUGCUGGGCGCCGAGUUUCAAGCAUUUUCGCAGCGCUUUGUCGGCGAGAGCGACAACGACACCAUGGUGUGUAAUGCGCCGCCGCCAACGGGACCGUCGGCGCUCUGUCCCGCCAAUGCCAUCAUCAACAACUGGCCGGUGACCAAGCUCAGCGACUGCAGCUGCAAGUCGGGCUACGAUCUGCAGAUUGGCCCCGGGCCUGCAAACGCGCUCACGACAAUCAAAUCGACGGAUGGUGGCAUGCUGUGCGUGCCGACGGUCGCAACGAACCGCCUGCCGGCGUGCGGCGCUGGCAUGGUGCGCAGCUCCAGCGACAACUCGUGCCGGUACGUGGCCGAAGACGUCUCGCUCGCGGGCAAGAAGAGCGGCAAGAUCGUCGUGAACGGCAACGAGCUCGACUACGUGCUCGUCGAGGACGACGUCAUGGUGACGCAAGGCGACAUUGCCGUGGGUAUUUCGUUUGGGUUUUUUGACACGCUCGACGAGAUGGACAACGACUACCAUUUUUACCUCCUGCACGGCUACUACAACAUGGAGAAGGACAACCGCUGGAAGAACGCCAAGAUGUGCUACACGGUGGAUCCUGGUCUCGCGAGCCGUCGCAGCGACUUGGUCGCUGUCAUGGACCACAUCACGACCAAUACGGGCUUCACCUUUCUCGAGUGCCACGAGUGGUACUGCGACGACCACCUCGACGACUGCGACGACUUUGUCGACUUUGUGCCAACGUCUGCGUCCUGCUACUCGUUUGUGGGGCGCGUGGGCGGUCGCCAGGCGCUCGGCGUCUCGAACGACUGCGCUUUUGGCAACCUUGUGCACGUGCUUUUGCACGCGAUUGGUCUGCAUCACCCGCUCGUGCGGCCCGACAGAGACGCGCAUGUCGCGAUCGCGUGGGAGUGCGUCGACAAGACGAAGCGGUCGUACUUUGCCGUCGAGCACUUGGAGGCCAUCUAUGGCGCGGGAGCCGUCGCGAUCGUCGGUGCCGAAGUGCCGUACGACUACUACAGCAUCAUGCACCACCGGUCGGACGCGUUCGUGAACGCAUCGGCACGCAGCUGCAUGAGUGUCAUUCCGCGCAUCGAAGAUGUCUACGCGCGCCAAGAAGUGCUCAACGAGAUGGGCCAACGCGACAAGAUGUCGCUCACCGAUAUCCACUACGUCUGGAGCCUCUACCCGGAGCUCAAGGCCGUUCCGAAGAGCAACGCGACCAAGACGGAGAGUGACCCCAUCGAGAUGGCGGCCGAGACGACGCCGCCUGGGUCGUACCACGAGAGCCGGCUGCACACAAAAGCGGACGCGAUCGACGGCCACGGAGCGUCGACGUCCAACGCGGUCGGCGCUGUCGUCUGCGUCGUGGCGUUCCUCGCGAUGCUGGGCUUUGGCUUGGUCGAGAUGAAGCGCGUUGCCAAGCGCAAGGACGAGAGCCAGUAUUCGGACCCUCUGCUCUCGGACCCGAUUUACGACUAAGAGUGUAGUCUUGUGUAUAACAACGCGCAUGGGUUUUGAUUCUUCUUCUA